AUGUCGACUUAUGCAUACGAAGCACUCCCGGACCCGAGAAAGUACAGGACGUUGCUGAAACUUCUCCCAGCCUGCAACACUGAACCAGAAAAACUUCGCGCGGAGCUUCGAAGGCAAGAAGCCCGCAUCCUAUGGAUUGAUGCAAUCUGCAUCAACCAAACGGAUGACGUUGAGAAGGGCCAUCAAGUUGCAAGCAUGGAUUUGGUCUACAGAUCGCAAAGCCUCGUCAUAUGGUUGAGAGAGUGGUCAGAGAAUAGCGACAUCGCCCUUGACCUUCUCCAAUCAUUUCGAGACUGCUUCGUCGCAAACGGGCACGAAGAAUUCGCUUGGUACAGUCCGUUGUCAGAUCAAGUCGCGAAAGCGGGGGAGCGCUUUGGGGAAAGCCAAACGGACGAAACAUGGGCAGCUUUUGUCGAUCUGAUCAAUAGGCCUUGGUUCUCGCGGCGCUGGGCUGUUCAAGAGGUUGUCUUGUCUAGUCAGAAACACGCCCACUUGGGUAACCGGAUCUUUCGUUUAGGCUAUCUCGUUUGGCUCUGUGGGUUUCUUAAGCUGAAGUCCUACCACCUACGUAAAGAACUACCAGAGUAUAGCGAAUGCCGAAGAGUUCGCGGGGACCUUGUUCGCAAUUAUAAAAGCCCGGCGCCACUCGUGGAUUCUAUCGAUACCAUUUACCGAGUCUGGCGAGCGAAUAGCGCAGCUGCCAGAGUAGACAAAUCAUCUCUAACAUUGGAGAGGCUUUUAGACAACUUUUUAUCGCUCGAUUCCUUCGAUGCCCGGGACGGCAUUUGUGCGUUUUUGUCAAUGGCCAGCGACAUCGACACAGAGGAAUGGUUUUCAGACUACUCAGACCAAGCUACGACUACGGAAAUAUAUGCAAAAGCUACCUUACAUAUCAUACAAAAAAACUGGUCCUUCUCUCUCUCAGUCAACCGCCCAUCCUCCUGGAGACCGUACCAUGGAAUCCAGACCAUCAACUUUACGCCGGAUCAUUCACAUCGGUUUAAAGGCUACAAUACAAUAUCCUUGACGACAUUCGGACAGCCCCUAUCUGCGGUGAGAAGCGGCCAAGAAGGUCAUCGCCCAAAAUUCUGCCCGGGUCGCAAUAAUCCACGCUGCAGAGAGAAAUUGGUUUGCGACGGAUGCCACAGCAAGAUACAUGGUACCGGUUAUGAGUGCGUUGACUGCGAGAAGUUGGACUUCUGCUACAAAUGCAUUGACCGGGCAACAAUUGAACAUAAUCCGACUCGUCAAUUCAGGGCACACAAAAACGCCGUUUACUUCGCCUCUGGCCAUUCCAUUGUAUCUGUGCGAGGAUAUGCUUCUCUUCAAGCAAACCUUCGUGACGCCUGCUCCAAGUCAAAGAAUCAUCUGCCGUUCGUUGUCAGGGGCCUCGUCGUGGAUGAAAUAACGAACAUUGGCCUGGGAGGCAUAAUUCAGCGCCGCGUUAACGGAUUUAGGGUCGAUCUGCCUUGGGAAAACUGGACGCAAUUGCUAGAAUUGGACCAGGUUAAUGGCCUCGAAAGUGGAGGAACAAAGAAUGCUGCAUUUCUCAAGGCGCUAGUAGGCAACAGACUCUUAUUAGAAGGGGAGCGGGGUGUCUCCCAUUUGGCCAAAAAUGUUAUGGAUAUGUAACACAUAAGUUUCGGCGAAGACAAAUGGGCUUGCGAUAUGGAGCACCCGACCCAACUCUUGUCUUCGACGGAAGUGAUGGUAUCGAACGACCGAAGACUGGCAACUUCGACGAAGUACCUGGGUCCCGUGACCCCUGAGUCUCGAGUAGAAGAUCGAAUCGCUAUUCUGUUUG